GACUCGAACAAUGCAAAGGUCCGUAAGGUCUCGCCGAAUCUUCUUCCUUUGUCUUCCCUUUUACGCCAUCGGCCGUACCGAUGCAUUCGAUCCGGAGCUGGGCCUUCUCCACCCUGAUCCUGGCUGUCGCCGUCGUCUUCUACGACUGGCCGUCUCCUCCUCUUCAAGAAAUGGCCGGAGAUAUUCCCGGAUCCUUGUAUGACAUCGCUGUGAAGGAUAUGGACGGGAAUGAUGUCAACCUGGGCAGCUACAGUGGAAAGGUUCUUCUCAUUGUCAACGUUGCCUCCAAGUGUGGUUUCACAAAUUCCAACUACAAGGAAAUGAAUGUUCUCUACGACAAGUACAAAGAUAAGGGAUUUGAAGUAUUAGCAUUUCCUUGCAAUCAGUUUGCCAGUCAGGAGCCAGGAACCAUUGAAGAAAUUAAGGAGACUGCCUGCACAGUGUUCAAAGCUGAGUUUCCUAUAUUUGAUAAGGUAAUUGCUCUAUGGCAAAGAAUACUCUCAUGCAGAAGGGAUCGAUAAUUUCUUUAAUACAUUUUACUUUUCCCCCAUUUUUUUCGACUCUACAGAAUCCGCAAAAUAAUAUCUUAAGCUACAACUUGUUUGUCUCUAUCUCAAAGAUUUUCUUGUAGAACAAUCUCCUGUUAUUUUAAUUUUUGAAAAUAAACAAAUUUUCUUCUUGA